AUGGCUAAAUCACUUAGAUCAAAAUCAAAAUUACAAGCUAAAUCAUUGAAAAGAAAAGGAGAGUUUGCUAAAUAUGAUGAUGAAAGAAAGAAAAGAAUAGCUGAUAAAUUAGCCAAAGAAUCAAAAGAUCAAGAAACUGAAAAGAAGAUGGAUGUUGAUCAAGAUAAAAAGAUAAGUACAUCAGGAUGGAGAGAUAGUAGAUCUCAACAUUUUAAACAAAAACUUAAUAAGAAAAAGAGAAAAACAUUAAAAUUUUAG